CCGGCGGGCGAGGGAGCGCGCAGCCGCGACGAGGGCGGGGGAAGAAAAACACCCUGUUUCCUCUCCGGCUCCCACCGCGGAUCAUGUACCAGGAUUAUCCCGGGAACUUUGACACCUCGUCCCGGGGCAGCAGUGGAUCUCCUGCGCACGCCGAAUCCUACUCCAGCGGCGGCGGCGGCCAGCAGAAAUUCCGGGUAGAUAUGCCUGGUUCGGGCAGUGCCUUCAUCCCCACCAUCAACGCCAUCACGACCAGCCAGGACCUGCAGUGGAUGGUGCAGCCCACAGUGAUCACCUCCAUGUCCAAUCCGUACUCCCGCUCGCACCCCUACGGCCCCCUGCAGGGCCUGGCCUCCGUGCCUGGGCACAUGGCCCUCCCGAGACCUGGUGUGAUCAAGACCAUCGGCACCACUGUGGGCCGCAGGAGGAGAGAUGAGCAGCUGUCUCCUGAAGAGGAGGAGAAGCGUCGGAUCCGGAGGGAGAGGAACAAGCUGGCCGCGGCCAAGUGCCGGAACCGCCGCCGGGAGCUGACGGAGAAGCUGCAGUUGGAGACGGAGGAGCUGGAGGAGGAGAAGUCUGGCCUGCAGAAGGAGAUUGCUGAGCUACAGAAAGAGAAGGAGAAGCUGGAGUUCAUGCUGGUGGCCCACGGGCCCAUGUGUAAGAUCAGCCCUGAGGAGCGCCGAUCGCCACCUGCCUCUGGGCUGCAGCCCCUCCGUGGUGGGGUGGGUGCUGUGGUGGUGAAGCAGGAGCCCAUAGAAGAGGACAGCCCCUCGUCCUCGUCGGCGGGGCUGGACAAGGCCCAGCGCUCAGUCAUCAAGCCUAUCAGCAUUGCCGGGGGCUUCUAUGGGGAGGAGCCGCUGCAUACCCCUAUUGUGGUGACCUCCACGCCUGCCAUCACUCCAGGCACCUCGAACCUCGUCUUCACCUACCCCAGCGUCCUGGAGCAGGAGUCUCCCGCCUCGCCCUCAGAGUCCUGCUCCAAGGCUCACCGCAGAAGCAGUAGCAGUGGGGACCAGUCAUCAGACUCCUUGAACUCCCCGACUCUGCUGGCCCUGUAACCCAGUGGACCACUCCUCCCAGCUCCAGAGGGGGCCUUGGCCUGGCCUCCUCCCAGGGACCAGCACCUUUCAGCACUCCAGGGCCUUGAGGGCAACAGGGGGGAACCUGCCAGAGAGCUUCCUGGCUCCAGGGAGACUCAGGCGGGAUUUGGUGGUGAGGCAUCGGAGGACCUUGGGAUGAACCCUUGGAAUUCAUGGGAACUACCCCCUCAUUCAUCUUGCAAGCAAAUCCUGUUUCUUGAAAAGCCUUGGAGAACCUGUUUUGGUAGACUCAGAAGUCUCUCUGGCUUCCGAAGAGCUGAUCUGGACCAUUCCUAACCCCAUGUUACAGCGUUGUCUCUGGAGUGAUGGUGUCCUUCCCCACCCCCACCCAGCAUGCUCAGUGCCUUUUUGGUUCCACCUCCUUUCUAUCAGCCCUUUCCUCCCCCUAGUUUCAAUUUCACUCCUUGGUUUUUAUCAGAUUUUGCCAUGACAUUUCAUCUGGGUGGUCUGAAUAUUAAAGCUCUUCAUUCCUGG